UUUUUAUUUCACACUACAAAAUUAUUUGCCAUGCUAAAUACCAUUUACAGUUUUGAUUUGUCAAGCACGCUGCUACUGCUUGUUUCGACGCUGCUAUCCCUCUUGGUUGUUGGUACCAUCUUUAAGCGAGCAUAUUUUACCCCGCUCUCCAAAAUACCCGGCCCCCUCCUAAACUCCAUCUCCAACCUGCCCCUGUACUACCACACAGCCCGCGGCCAAUACCACAAGUAUACCAUUUCUUUGCACGCUAAAUAUGGCGAUACAGUGCGCGUUGGCCAUGACCAGGUGUCGUUGGCCAAUGGUUCCGAGCUCCGCCGUGUUCUGGCUACGCACUCUUUCCGUAAAGGAGAAGCCUACAAUACUGGUGUGCUCCCCGUUCAAACAAUGUUUUCAAUCACGGAUCCAGAGCUCAACAAGACCAGGAGGCGCCAGAUGGGCAACACGUACUCGAUGACCCAUAUGCGUACUUUGGAGGACGCCAUCCUGGAACAUGGCGUGAUAUCUCUAAUUGAAUUCUGGGAUGCCGAAAUCAAAAAGGGCGCAGACGUCAAUUACUUUUAUGGAUUUAACGGCAUAGCUUUUGACGUUAUCGGAAUGCUCGGGUACGGAAAGAGCUUUGACAUGCUCAGGGGAAAUGACACAACUGUAACCAACAACAUAAAAAAAAUAAUUACCCUUAGUGCUGUUGUCACUAUUUUUCCUGCUUUGAAACGGUUUACUUGGCUAUUCAAAGACUUGUUUGCCGCAAGAAACAGCCUUAUUGCCAUGUCUCAAGCGGCGGUUGCGCGACGCAAGCAAGAUAUCAGCAACACGAACGCACAAGUAGCUCACGCUGAUAUUCUGCAGAAGAUCAUCGACGCCAAGGACCCCAAGACCGGCCAGACAUUAAGCCAUUCCCAACAAUCAGCUGAAAUUAUGUUAAUGUUAAGCGCAGGCACGGAAACUACUGCCAACACUCUUUCGUGGACCAUGAUGUACAUUCUUCAUCACCCUCCAGUGCAACGCCGCCUCCGUCAAGACAUCCGCCGCACCUUUCCAGAUAAAACCAACCCCAUUCGAUACGAUGAGGCCAAGGCACAGCUGCCCUACCUCACGGCUGUACUUCACGAAUCGAUGCGCUUAAACUCUGCAGCGCCUGGAUAUUUUCCACGCAGCGUGCCUCCUGAGGGUACCACUCUCUGUGGCCAGUAUAGAGUCCCGCCAGGCGCGCACAUAUGCAUAUCCCUUGCUGCCAGCCACCGCAGCCCAACUGUGUGGGCUAAUCCGGAUGGUUUUGAUCCAGAGAGGUUCAUGGGCGCCGACGGAGAGGCAAAAUCAAGUGAGCUGCUGGCCUUUAGUGCCGGAGUGCGUGCAUGUAUAGGCCGUAAUCUUGCAUUGAUUGAGAUCUACACGGUGCUGGCUAAUCUGCUGCGCAAAUACAACUUUGAAUUACCCGAAGACGCUCCGUACGGCCCGCACAGGAUUAAGAAUGGCAUUCCUGUAGAGAUUCCCGGGCUUGCUUAUAAUACAUGUGGACCAAUCAAUCCGUUGGUCAACUGCCGUGUGCGCAUUACGCACGCUGAAUAUUGAUAUUAAUUUAUAAAUAUUAUUGGUCUCUAGUA